CCCCAAGGUCCUUUGCGGCGCUAGUUCCUUUCCGCUCGGCCGUUCUCCUACACAGGAGGCAGCCAUGGCGCCCAGCCGGAAUGGCAUGAUCCUGAAGCCCCACUUCCACAAGGACUGGCAGCGACGAGUGAGCACCUGGUUCAACCAGCCGGCACGGAAGAUCCGCAGGCGCAAGGCCCGGCAGGCGAAGGCGCGGCGCAUCGCCCCUCGGCCCGCGUCCGGGCCCAUCCGGCCCAUCGUGCGGUGUCCCACCGUGCGCUACCACACCAAAGUCCGAGCCGGCCGCGGCUUCAGCCUGGAGGAGCUCAGGGUGGCCGGCAUCCACAAAAAGGUGGCCCGGACUAUUGGUAUCUCUGUGGACCCGAGGAGGCGGAACAAGUCCACGGAGUCUCUGCAGGCCAAUGUGCAGCGCCUGAAGGAGUACCGCUCCAAGCUCAUCCUCUUCCCCAGGAAGCCCUCCGCCCCCAAGAAGGGAGACAGCUCGGCUGAAGAACUCAAAUUGGCUACUCAGUUGACUGGACCUGUGAUGCCCAUUCGCAACGUCUAUAAAAAGGAAAAAGCCAGAGCCAUCACAGAGGAGGAGAAGAACUUCAAGGCUUUCGCAAGUCUUCGCAUGGCCCGUGCCAAUGCCCGUCUCUUUGGCAUCCGAGCAAAAAGGGCCAAGGAAGCAGCAGAACAGGAUGUUGAAAAGAAAAAAUAAAUUUCUAAUAAAUCAGGUCAUUGAAA